CGGGCCUCACUGGAGCGCACAGUCCCUUCCCUGUCUUAAUCCGCGCCACCUUUUCCCUUGGCCCGCGCGGGCCCAGCUGACGGGCUGCGUUGUUUACGGGCUGGAGUCGAGCCCUAGCUCCCGCCGCCACCACCAGCCCAGGUGCCCUCCAGUGCGCGCGUCCCUCUGUCUCAGACUCCACACAACGCGACCCACCCAGAGCUGCACGGAGGGCAGAAGCAGGAGACCCGGACAGGAGACGCACCGCGGUGAGCUCUGGACUCUGGGAUUGCGGGCACGGGACCGGGCCUGGGUGACCUGCGGGCCGCGCCACGGUGUUGCUUGCGGCCGAGGCCUCUGUGCUCUUCCCGGGACUGUCCCCAGGGCCCUCUAGGCUGGAGAGCUGCGGCCUGUGAGCCACGGGCGUGGAAGAGAAGGACGUGCGGCCCCGAGCGCCUCUCCAGAGACCUUCUCACGGAGUAUGUCCCCAGUAGGCCGGCGUGGCGUGCUCUGAUCGCCGGGGUCCCAGCACUCCUACUGCUAUGGGCUUCGGGAGAGGAUGUGAGACGACGGCUGUGCCAUUGCUGGUGGCCGUGGCCGCGUUGCUGGUGGGCACAGCCGGCCACCUGUACCCUGGAGAGGUGUGCCCUGGUAUGGACAUCCGGAACAACCUGACCAGGCUACAUGAGCUGGAGAACUGCUCAGUCAUUGAGGGCCAUCUGCAGAUCCUCCUGAUGUUCAAGACCAGACCCGAAGAUUUCCGAGACCUCAGUUUCCCCAAACUCAUCAUGAUCACAGAUUACCUGCUUCUCUUCCGUGUCUAUGGUCUGGAAAGUCUGAAAGACCUCUUCCCAAAUCUCACAGUCAUCCGAGGCUCCCGUCUCUUCUUCAACUAUGCCCUGGUUAUCUUCGAGAUGGUCCACCUGAAGGAGCUGGGGCUUUAUAACCUCAUGAACAUCACCCGGGGCUCUGUCCGCAUCGAGAAGAAUAAUGAGCUCUGCUACCUGGCCACUAUCGACUGGUCCCGUAUCCUGGAUUCUGUGGAGGACAACUACAUUGUACUGAACAAAGAUGACAACGAGGAAUGUGGGGAUGUCUGUCCAGGCACCGCCAAGGGCAAGACCAACUGUCCUGCCACUGUCAUCAAUGGGCAGUUUGUGGAACGGUGCUGGACACACAGUCAUUGUCAGAAAGUUUGCCCAACCAUCUGUAAGUCACAUGGCUGCACAGCUGAAGGCCUGUGCUGCCACAAAGAGUGCCUGGGCAACUGUUCGGAACCUGAUGACCCCACCAAGUGUGUGGCCUGUCGCAACUUCUAUCUGGAUGGUCAGUGUGUGGAGACCUGCCCGCCACCCUACUAUCACUUCCAGGACUGGCGCUGUGUGAACUUCAGCUUCUGCCAAGACCUUCACUUCAAAUGCAGGAACUCUCGGAAGCCUGGCUGCCACCAAUACGUCAUUCACAACAAUAAGUGCAUCCCCGAGUGCCCGUCUGGCUAUACCAUGAAUUCCAGCAACUUGAUGUGCACCCCAUGUCUGGGACCCUGCCCUAAGGUCUGCCAAAUCCUCGAAGGUGAGAAGACCAUUGAUUCUGUGACAUCUGCCCAGGAGCUCCGAGGCUGCACUGUGAUCAACGGUAGCCUGAUCAUCAACAUCCGAGGGGGCAACAACCUGGCAGCUGAGCUGGAGGCUAACCUUGGCCUCAUUGAAGAAAUUUCGGGAUUUCUAAAGAUCCGCCGCUCCUAUGCUCUGGUAUCACUUUCUUUCUUCAGGAAGCUACAUCUGAUUCGAGGAGAGACCUUGGAAAUUGGGAACUAUUCUUUUUAUGCCUUGGACAACCAGAACCUGAGGCAACUCUGGGACUGGAGCAAACACAACCUCACCAUCACUCAGGGCAAGCUCUUCUUCCAUUACAACCCGAAACUCUGCUUGUCUGAAAUUCACAAGAUGGAAGAAGUCUCCGGAACUAAGGGCCGUCAGGAGAGGAACGACAUUGCCCUGAAGACCAAUGGGGACCAGGCAUCGUGUGAAAAUGAAUUGCUUAAAUUUUCUUUCAUUCGGACAUCUUUUGACAAGAUCCUGUUGAGGUGGGAACCCUACUGGCCCCCCGACUUCCGAGAUCUCCUGGGAUUCAUGUUGUUCUACAAAGAGGCCCCUUAUCAGAAUGUGACAGAGUUUGAUGGGCAGGAUGCUUGUGGCUCCAACAGCUGGACUGUGGUGGAUAUUGACCCGCCCCAGAGGUCCAACGACCCCAAGUCUCAGACCCCAAGCCACCCUGGGUGGCUGAUGCGGGGCCUCAAACCCUGGACCCAAUACGCCAUCUUUGUGAAGACCUUGGUUACCUUCUCUGAUGAACGGCGGACCUAUGGAGCCAAAAGUGAUAUCAUCUAUGUGCAAACAGAUGCCACUAAUCCUUCUGUCCCCCUGGAUCCCAUAUCAGUUUCUAAUUCCUCAUCUCAGAUUAUCUUAAAGUGGAAGCCCCCCUCUGACCCCAAUGGCAACAUCACACACUACCUGGUGUACUGGGAGAGGCAAGCAGAGGACAGCGAGCUGUUUGAGCUGGAUUAUUGUCUCAAAGGGCUGAAGCUCCCUUCACGGACCUGGUCCCCACCCUUUGAGUCUGAUGAUUCUCAGAAGCACAAUCAGAGUGAGUAUGACGACUCGGCCAGUGAGUGCUGCUCAUGCCCUAAGACUGACUCUCAGAUCCUGAAGGAGCUGGAGGAGUCUUCAUUCAGGAAGACCUUCGAGGAUUACCUGCACAACGUGGUUUUUGUCCCCAGAAAAACCUCUUCAGGCAAUGGUGCCGAGGACAGUAGGCCAUCCCGAAAGCGAAGAUCCCUUGAAGAGGUGGGGAAUGUGACAGCCACCACACUCACACUUCCAGAUUUCCCCAACGUCUCCUCUACCAUUGUGCCCACAAGUCAGGAGGAGCACAGGCCAUUUGAGAAAGUGGUGAACAAGGAGUCACUUGUCAUCUCUGGCCUGAGACACUUCACUGGGUACCGCAUUGAGCUGCAGGCAUGCAAUCAAGAUUCCCCAGAUGAGAGGUGCAGUGUGGCUGCCUACGUCAGUGCCCGGACCAUGCCUGAAGCUAAGGCAGAUGACAUCGUUGGCCCUGUGACUCAUGAAAUCUUUGAGAACAAUGUUGUACACUUAAUGUGGCAAGAGCCAAAGGAACCUAAUGGUCUGAUUGUGCUAUAUGAAGUGAGCUAUCGCCGAUAUGGUGAUGAGGAGCUGCACCUCUGUGUCUCCCGGAAGCAUUUUGCCCUGGAGCGGGGCUGCAGGCUGCGAGGGCUCUCCCCAGGAAACUACAGUGUUCGAGUCCGGGCUACCUCUCUGGCAGGAAAUGGCUCCUGGACAGAACCCACCUAUUUUUAUGUGACUGAUUAUUAUGUCCCAUCAAAUAUUGCCAAAAUUAUCAUUGGACCCCUCAUCUUUGUCUUCCUCUUCAGUGUUGUGAUUGGAAGUAUUUAUCUAUUUCUGAGAAAGAGGCAGCCGGAUGGGCCAAUGGGACCACUGUAUGCAUCUUCAAACCCUGAGUACCUCAGUGCCAGUGAUGUGUUUCCAUCUUCUGUGUACGUGCCGGACGAGUGGGAGGUGCCUCGAGAGAAGAUCACCCUUCUUCGAGAGCUGGGGCAGGGAUCCUUUGGUAUGGUGUAUGAAGGCAAUGCCAAGGAUAUCAUCAAGGGUGAGGCAGAGACCCGUGUUGCGGUUAAGACUGUCAAUGAGUCAGCCAGUCUUCGAGAACGGAUCGAGUUCCUCAAUGAGGCAUCAGUCAUGAAGGGAUUCACCUGCCAUCAUGUGGUCCGCCUUCUUGGGGUGGUAUCCAAAGGACAGCCAACGCUGGUAGUGAUGGAAUUGAUGGCUCAUGGAGACCUGAAAAGUCACCUCCGUUCUCUGAGGCCAGAUGCUGAGAAUAACCCAGGCCGCCCUCCCCCUACCUUGCAAGAAAUGAUUCAGAUGACAGCAGAAAUUGCUGAUGGCAUGGCAUACUUGAACGCCAAGAAGUUUGUGCACCGGGACCUGGCAGCUCGAAACUGCAUGGUUGCCCAUGAUUUUACUGUCAAAAUUGGAGACUUUGGAAUGACAAGGGACAUCUACGAGACAGAUUACUAUCGGAAAGGGGGCAAGGGACUGCUUCCUGUGAGGUGGAUGUCACCUGAGUCCCUGAAGGAUGGAGUCUUUACUGCUUCUUCUGAUAUGUGGUCCUUUGGGGUGGUCCUUUGGGAAAUCACUAGCCUGGCUGAGCAACCUUAUCAAGGCCUGUCUAAUGAACAGGUGUUGAAGUUUGUCAUGGAUGGAGGCUAUCUGGAUCCCCCUGAUAACUGUCCAGAGAGACUCACUGACCUGAUGCGCAUGUGCUGGCAGUUCAACCCCAAGAUGAGGCCAACCUUCCUGGAAAUCGUCAACCUGCUCAAGGAUGACCUCCACCCCAGCUUUCCAGAAGUUUCCUUCUUCUACAGCGAGGAGAACAAGGCUCCUGAGAGUGAGGAGCUGGAGAUGGAGUUUGAAGACAUGGAGAAUGUCCCGUUGGAUCGUUCCUCUCACUGUCAGAGAGAAGAGGCUGGGGGCCGGGAGGGAGGGUCCUCACUGAGCAUCAAACGGACCUAUGAUGAACACAUCCCCUAUACCCACAUGAAUGGGGGCAAGAAGAACGGACGUGUCCUUACCCUGCCAAGGUCAAACCCUUCCUAACAGCGCCUUCUCCGGGAAGGAUUCUUUUCUUUCUUUCUUUUUUAAAACUCUUCUGUAGUUUGACUGCCUCCAGGAAACUCAGGAUUAUCAGGACUCUGCCCAGAUGUGAAACUGAGCUCAGAGAUAGUUCAUACACAUUUCUGUUUGUCUUUUGACCUGAAAACACACAAGCGUGAUCGCCAACCCUGUAAGCCUGUGGAGGGCUAACUGUGAACCUAGAGGGGUUGGGCUGUCCAUGCUCCCUUCCCUGCCUCCACCGUAUCAAACCAAGAUUUUGUUGUUGGUGGUGUUCUUUUCCCCAUAGAUUGGAAGAAUGUACCUGCUUUUUUACAGAUAUUUUUCUUCUUUUCUUUUCUUUUCUUUUCUUUUCUUUUCUUUUCUUUUCUUUUCUUUUCUUUUCUUUUCUUUCUUUUUUUUCCCCGUUAGUGUCUGAGUUACAGUUAGUUGUCAAAGACAGACUAUUUAUGGAGCACAAGUCAGAAAGCAAAGAAGAAACAGACAGAAAACAGAACAAAACAAAACAAAAACCAAACCUGACCUACAGAGCCUGGCUCUAGAAUUAUAUGCUCUGCAGGGUUGGGCUUUGAGAAGGUUUCAUUAAUCUAAGAGAAGGAUUUUAUUUUAUUUUAUUUUACUUUUUUUCCUCAUUCACAAAAUCAGUUCCUCAAAUUGACCAAUAGCUGCUGCUUUCAUAUUUUAUUUUGGGAAAGGGUGUGUAUUCCUAAGUGUGUGCUCAUCUGCACACCUGUGUGCAUUUGUGUGUAUGUUGUGUCCAGGUUAGAGAUCACAGGGUGGGGUGGGGUGGGGUGGGGGUGGGGUGCUGUGUAAAAUAGUCUCUGGACUGAUGCUUGGUGAAUUGGCUCCCGAAGCUCCUGCUGCUUGGAGUGGGUGACCUCAUAUUGUCCUCUUCCUUCUCAUGAACUGAGAGUCUGUGCCCUCGAGAGAGUCUUCUCAGUCACAUCAGAAGUCUUGCUCAGGUGUCUUCUUCCCCUUCCCUUUGAUGAUGUUUUCCGAAAACAGAGGGAGGAUUAUUUGGUCUGGAUUCUUUGAGGAUCUUUGGAAGACCAAACAAAGCAAAGGGGACACACACACACACACACACACACACACACACACACACACACACACUAGAAGGAAGUAAGGCAACAAUUUUGAGAAUAUAUUUGUAACAUAUUUAAAGCUUAUGGAAUCUCUGGUAUGAGCCUAAUAAGUUAGUAUUUCUUUGGGAGCAGUGGUGGGCACAUCUGCCUGUGUGGGGACACAGGACAAUAUGUGAGUGGCCUCUGGGUUUGGUCUUUGAAACACAUAUUUUUCUGGGAAUUAUACCACAUUAGCUGCUAGCCCUUUAGGACUCGGGGAGUUCUUGUGGAGUCUGUGGGUAACUGGAUAUUCGACUGUUUCAGAUAGUAACAUUGACUGGAUGUUUCUUGCUUGGAUACACUGGUGGUUACCUGGAGCUGAGAUGGCCUUCCAGAACACCUGUGUUCAUCUGGUUUUUCUCUGCUUGUGUACCUCACUUCUUCAAGGCCUACACUUUGCUCAAUCAUUGUAUAAACAUACUAAACUCAGAUCCCGAAGACCAAUGACACAGAUGGACUUUGAGAACACUAAGCAAUAUGUAAGGAGAUGUACCCUUCCGAUCCCCGCUGGUCUCCUCCACCUUUGGGGCAUCUGGCUAUUCUCUACACUAAACUCCCACAGCUGCUCUUGGCGUCCAGGGACCUCAGCUUGGGCCAGAUAUAGUGCCUGAGUUUAUUUCUCAGGUGCUUAUGUUUGAGUCUCUAGAGACUAAAGUCUGGAGGAGAAAACAUCAGAGACUUUCUUCUCACCACCAAGAACUCGUGAAAGGAUGUGAACUCACAACUUCUCUUUGCAUAAAACCACAGCUGCUCAAGUAAAAGAAACAACUAUGGUGAACUCAAAAUCCUCCCAGAGGUUCUUUCCUGCGUGCAUUUCCCACAAAUAUUUGAUGCCUUUCUUCUCCCUUAGGAGAUAUGAGAUAAAGACACACUGGCCACCCUGAUUAAGAACACAAGGAAACAUAAAUCCUGGUUGUCAAUUGCUGUGGAAUUUAUAUUAUAAAAAUUGCAGCAUGUAAAAAUGUUGCCAGGGAACUCAAUGAUUGGCAUAAGCAUCAAGAGUUACAGUUACUUUUACCCAAAACACUUUGUAAAUAGAAGGUCUGUGCAUCAAUGGAAGACACCGUAGGUAUGGAUAUUUUUUGUUUAUUUUUCCUUUUCACAGUAAAUUUGUAGUGAUGCUAUACUAGCAGAAAUUUUCACACCUUUCUACUUCAAAAGGUUUUCUUAUAGUACCGGGGAAAGUAUUUAUUUUAAUAUAUAAGAUCACUCUUGAAAAUCACUUUUGUAAAAAAAUGUUAUGAAUGUAAAUUUUUUUUUUAUCAAGGAGAAAUAAAAACAGGUGAGUGUGGGUCAUUUUUUUUUUCCUUCUUCUCAGUACAGUCUACCUCAGUGUCUUAUUAGGAUGUGGUUCAGUAACAGAUGUUGAGGCUUCAAGAUUCUGGCUGAAUCAUUCUCUGAGUUGGGGAGCUGUGUACCAUUUGAUUUUUAAAUGCCAGGGACUAGGGAGAACUUUGAAGGAGAGAGUUUAGAUUAAAAAGUUAGAGCCUUCCUGUGAACCCAAAGUCUUCUUGUUGGUGAUAUUCUUCAGAGUAUAUUCUCCAUACAAAAACCCAUCUGUUGAUUGCACACUCCUCACACACAAGCCACACUUCAAGUCAUCAUGAUUUAGCUCUUUGGAGGCCCCUGAUCUGAGGUCUUUGAAAAGUGGGUGUUCCUUUUACUGAUGAGGCUGUGAGCCAGUACCUUCAGAAGUCACAUGAAAUCCCCCGGACAUGAAUGCAAAGGGAAUCUGGGUUUUCUGACCAUGAUUUCUCACCCUGUUUAGACCCAUGAGGCUGUUUGUGGGCACCUCUUACACAAAUAGCUGAUGCAAGGGUAUUUGGAGAAAUCCUGCUAUGAAACCUAUCAGUUUCCUGAACAUAUCUUAAACAAUAAGAUAGGAACCCUAUGCUGGGGUUGGGUUGACUUCAAGCUGACACUGUUUGGCCUUGUGCAAUCUUGAGAACUCUGGAAAUCAAGGCGGGGCCAGCAUGGCUCCUAGUUUCAAGCUUUGACAUAUUAUUUCACUUUAGAACACUGUCCUUAAAAUUUUACUCUUUUCCAUCUUUUCUGGAAAGGUGCACCAACUUGGGUGACCCUACCAAAAAGGACUCCACUAAUUCCAUGUUGAUAUCUACUGUUGCUGGGAAGGAAACAAGUAGCUAUUGGGUCAUGAGACUCAUUUUGGUUUCAGAAGAUGUUAGCUUUGUGAGAUCUAGAAAAUCAUGGCUAUCCUGGGAGUUCGUAGUGAUGGAUGAAAGAGAGAGAGAAAAGAAAAUAGAAACAAAAGCAAGUUACAUUGAUAUUUCUUGUUGAGUUUUGGGAGAUGUCUCAUCAUUUUAAAACUACUUUCAUGAUCAUGAUGAAAUGCAGUUAUUUCUUCCAGGAUAGCAGCAGACAUGUUGUCUGGUUCAAUGAUGUCAAGCAUACAUCAGGAGAUGUUCAUGUACUUGGAGCCUUUCUAAAUGUUUCCCUGUCAUUUGAUGCUAGCUUGAAGGGAAGAGCCUUGAUGGCUUUCUGGAUUUAGGCUGAGCACAGUUUGGGAGAGUGGAGAUUGGCAGGAAGAGCUGAACUGUAUUGUGUGGCAGCUGGGUGUGGUGCCACCAACACAAGUAAAAACUAUCCUUACUAUCUUAUCAGGACAGACGUUCUACCAUGCACAGUGAUUAUUGGGUUAAGGGCUGUAAUUUUAUUUGAAACCUACCAUAACACUGGCUGGUGGGCAGUAUCACUGUGAGAGUCUGGUUCAUACUGGUGAUCUUGGUAAAUGAAUGAUGGUUGUUCUAGUAAUGGUUCUAUUUUAUGAUAGAUGGAUGUAUUCCAGAUUCUAGCUAAUGAAUUCUUGACAACAUAGGCUCUUCAAAAAUUAUGGUUUUGUCGGACAUGCGAAAAGAAUAGUGCUGAUUUUGUGUAAAUGGUGCACAUAGCAUAUAGUCAUUUUUAGAAAAACCUUCCAGUAUGUUCCUCAGAAUAUGAACUUAUACAAAAGAUGAAGUUGGGCAAUGGGAAUAACAGAAUAUCACUUGUUUAAACGACACAAAAUAAUAUGAUGGUCUUUUAAGAGGUAAUGACUGAAGGCAUAUGCAUCCUCAGAUAGUACUCAAGAAAUGGAGAUCAAUGAGUAUUUGAGCUAAUUUGAUACCAAUCAGGAUACAAAAAUCAGUCUCUGGUCAAAUUUUUAUCUGUAUGUGGGCCAUUUAAAAAACAAACAAAAUGAAACAAAAACAUGUUAAAAAUCAGAUCAUGGUUCUGGAACCCUUGUUAUUAUUUGAGAAGAAAGGAAGGUCCCUCAGAUGUGUGUGUGUCUGUUCACAUGUGCAGGAAUGGCUUGUUUGGUCUUUAUCCUUUGUAUCAAAGUUGCUGCUUCUUUCCCCUUUAUGUGCCUGGGUGGUUAUAUCCCAUGUGUCAACAGUGUGGGAUCAAAUGUGCCAUAGCACUGCAGAAAACGCAGAAACACAAAACCCAUCCAAAGCACAGUGACAUUUUCCUACAAGAGCCAAGUAGCAUCAUGUCCAGAAUAUGCCUUUUUUUGUGUGGGGAGGAGAGGGACUGAAAUUGUUCUGCAUGUAUAAUACAGGCUAAUUACUUGUUUAUAUUAAAAUUUGGAAUAAAUUAUCUUGAGACUA